GUAUGAGAGCCGAAGAAAAAAUCUUAGAUAUCGUUUGAGUGCUGAAGACUACCAAAAGAUCCAGGGCUAUGAUGAUCUGCAGAAGCAGCUGGAUGAGGCGAAGGCGCUGUUGGCCCAAUGUCAGGACCCGCAAGGAUUGGUGAAGAGUUUGCAGGAAUCCGCUGAGCGCAUACGGCUUCUCGAAAAAGAGAAUGUGGACUUGUCUCGGAUUUUGACAAACUAUGUCUCGAACCCUGCUAUGCUUCCUUGCAGAGCUGCAGAUGCCUCAAUCAAAAGGGAGCUUCUAGUCAAGAGGGAGGUUGGUGAGCCUUCCGUGACUAUGGGAUGGAAAACCUGUGACAAGAAGGAUCGCGCUUCUGGGGAGGGCUGCCUGGCAGAAUUUGCGAUCCCCAACCAGAUCCGGGAUCGCGCUUCUGGGGAGGGCUGCCUGGCAGAAUUUGCGAUCCCCAACCAGAUCCGGGAUCGCGUCCACAUUCUCUUUUUCGAGAAGCCGUAUGCGCUCAGCGGAUUCCUGCAAACUCUUCACCAAUCCUUGCGGGUCCUGACAUUGGGCCAACAGCGCCUUCGCCUCAUCCAGCUGCUUCUGCAGAUCAUCAUAGCCCUGGAUCUUUUGGAAGUCUUCACAUCGCUCUUCGAUGUCUUGCUCUGGCGGCAGGUGGACAUGCUGAAGCUCUGCAUUGUUCAACGCUGUGCAUACCAAUUGAUCUUAGCAGUAUAUACCUGCAUUUGUUUCGUGGAGCUUGGGCUCCGAAUCGGGCCCCGAAUCCGGGCCCCGAACCAAAGCUUCGAACAAAUCGG